GGAUAAUGUAUUGGUAGGUAUUAAUUAAUUUUAAUAAAUUAAUUAGUCAAAUUUGUUUUAUCAUAUAGUCUAAAAGCUUAAACAUAGGUCAAGUUAUGCAAAAUGUCACUCGAGGUUGAUUCUGAUAAUUAUGAUCUUGAAAAUCUUAAUCAUUUAACUAAAGAGGAACUCAUUAGUAUAAUUUUAGAUCUCAAAAAGCAGAACUGUAAGAAGACAGAUAGAAAAAUAACAAAACCCAAAAGAACUAUUGAUUUCACUAAGUAUCAUAAAAGACAUGUAGUCUUUAAGUUAUUAUAUUUAGGAUGGGAUUAUCAUGGAUUUGCUGCUCAAGAUGUUUCUGAAAAGACUAUUGAAUAUGAAUUAUUUCGUGCACUCACCACAUGUUGUUUAAUAGAAAGUAGACAAACCUCAAAUUACCAUCGUUGUGGAAGAACUGAUAAAGGUGUUAGUUCUUUUAGUCAGGUGAUUUCUUUGACUGUAAGAAGUAAUGGCGACGACAGCGAAGAAUUACCCUAUUGUAAAAUGCUCAAUAGAUUAUUACCAAAAGAUAUUAGGGUAGUGGCUUGGGGUCCAGUGCAAGACAAUUUCAGUGCCCGGUUUGAUUGUGGGUCUAGAACAUAUAAGUACUGGUUUCCACGAGGUGAUCUUGAUGUAGAUUUGAUGAAUCAAGCUAUACAACAAGUAGUCGGAACACAUGAUUUUCGCAACUUGUGUAAAAUGGAUGUUGCAAAUGGUGUUGUACAAUUUUACAGAAGGAUCACAAGUGCUGAUAUUAAAAUAUGCUCUGAAAAUAAUCAAUUUUCAACAAAUAGAGAUUAUGACAUGUGUGAACUUACCAUUGUUGGUAAGGCAUUUCUUUGGCAUCAAAUUCGGUGUAUAGUAUCAGUACUCAUGUUAGUCGGAUGUCGUAAAGAAAACCCAGAUAUAUUUAAAGACUUAUUG